UGUUAAAUUCCUUAUUGCCCUCUUCAGGCACUCUGGGAAGCCUACAUUUACAGACUUGGAUCUUUUUUUUGUCACUCAGAGAGGUGAGCCAUGGAGACUGGCUCGGUGGUUCGAGCCAUCUUCGACUUUUGCCCCAGUGUGUCAGAAGAACUGCCACUCUCUGUGGGCGAUGUCAUUGAGGUGCUGGCAGUGGUGGAUGAGUUUUGGCUUCUAGGAAAGAAGGAGGACGUUACAGGACAGUUCCCCAGCAGUUUUGUGGAAGUUGUGACCAUUCCCAGUCUAAAAGAGGGAGAAAGGCUGUUCGUCUGCAUCUCUGAAUUUACAUCCCAAGGACUCAGCAGUCUUCCCCUCCAUCGAGGUGACCUGGUGAUUCUCAAUGAUGAUAUUCCCACUGCGGGCUGGCUGCAGGGCCGCAGCUGCUGGGGCUCACGGGGCUUCUUCCCCUCCUCAUGUGUUCGAGAACUCUGCCUUUCCUCUCAAAGCCAGCGGUGGCACUCACAUAGUGCACUGCUUGAGAUUCCUGAAUACUCCAUGGGACAAGCACGGGCCCUCAUGGGACUUUCUGCUCAGCUGGAGGAGGAGUUGGACUUUAGGGAAGGGGAUGUGAUUACCAUUAUUGGAGUUCCCGAGCCAGGUUGGUUUGAAGGGGAGUUAGAAGGUCGAAGAGGCAUUUUCCCAGAAGGUUUUGUAGAGCUUUUGGGGCCCCUGAGGACCGCGAAUGAAGCAGUAACUUCCGGAAAUCAAGAUGACUGUGUUGGUAACGGUGAAGUAGAUAUGCCUCUAGGCGAAGAAGAGAAAGGGCCAGAGGAGGACAACGAGCAACCUGGGGCCUAUGGAAUUGCCCUCUAUAGAUUCCAAGCUCUGGAGCCUAAUGAGUUGGAUUUUGAAGUAGGGGAUAAAAUUCAAAUCCUGGCAACCUUGGAGGACGGCUGGCUAGAAGGGUGCCUGAAGGGCAAGACAGGCAUUUUUCCUCACCGCUUCGUAAAGUUAUGUGCUAAUGCCAGAACAGUAGAACCCGUAGCUUUGUCCCAGGAAGGCAGCCUUACCAAAACCCCAGAGAGUUCGUGGGGUGCUUUGGAGAAUUCCUUAGUAGUGGAGACACCAGGGCAUGAAUCUCAUGAGUACAAAGCAGAGACCACCAGCUGUGUUCUUCCUGAGACCUCCACUACUCCCGUAAAUCAUCUGAGCCCUGAGUAUGACAUAAAUGAGAACUCCAUUCAAGAUGACAGUACCUCAGGAGGGAUCCCCAGAAGCCCUAGUGCAGAGCUCGAAAAGCCUCUUGCCAAAGAUUCUGAUUUGACUCAUUAUUUAGAGGCAGUCAAUGGUGUUUCUUCCCAACCUCAGGUACCUAUUCAUUCAAAAUUGCAGAAAAAUCAGGAUUAUUCUACAGCAGAAGGGAGCCAUCAAAGCUCAGAACAGUUCUCUAACCUUCCUGUAGAAGCCAGGACUAGAGACUACUCAACCCUACCUCCCAGGAGAACAUAUGCCCCGUGGAGCUCCCAGGAGAAGCCACUGGCUCCCCUUCACAGAGGCUCUUCCUUCACAGCCUCGAGGGUAGCCCAGCCCAGCCAGUUGAGCCCUCAGUUCGAGGGCACGGCAAAGUGUGCUACGAGGCACCACACAUCCAAAGAAAACACCUCUAGCUUCUGCUCCACAUCAGAGAGAUCAGAAAGAAACCCUCGUCCACAAGGCAAGGGCCCCACUGUGGCAGUCACAGCACUUUCACACGGAGAUGGCAGCACCGACCUGGAUUCCAAGUUGACACAACAGCUGAUAGAAUUCGAGAAGAGCCUGUCAGCGUCUGCCGCGGAGCCAGAUAAAAUUUUACGCCACUUUUCAAUUACGGACUUUAAUUCAGAGAAGGAUAUUGUCCGAGGUUCCUCAAAAUUAAUCCCUUCGCAGGACCUACCUGAGAGAAAAAAAGCACUAAGGCCACCGCCACCCCGGCCCUGUACUCCAACAUCUACUUCCCCACACUUGCUGGUUGACCAGAGCCCAAAACCCAUACCCCCUUUGCCCGUGCGGCCAUCUCGCCCAGCUCCCCUGCCUCCUGCACAGCAGAGACUGAAUGCAGCCUCCCACAGUCCAUCCUCCUGUCACCGUCCUAGCUUCAAGACUCCAGAAAAGGAGGGCCCUGAGCACGUGGAGCAGAGUCCGGCUCGGACUUCACCCUGUCCCUCAGUCCUGGCGAGGAUUCGGGAAAUGGAGCAGGAUCUGGAUAUGUACACCAGAGCUCAAGAAGAGCUGCGCCUGAUGCUGGAGCAGAAGCAAGAUGAAUCCUUGAGGGCAGAGACCCUUGAGAAUCUCAAGUUCUAUGAGAGUAACAUUGAAAGUUUGAACCUGGGACUGCAGCAACUGAGAGGUUUGAAUGGUGCCAAUGAAAGUAAAGAAUCUGUUAAAUACUAUGAAGAGGAAAGGAAUGCUUAUCAAAAUGGCGAAAUCUAUCCUAAAGUAAAGACUCACACUAUGGAUCAGAGUAAUUCUGAUACAGAAAACAAAGGCUGUGACACUUUCUUUGCAAACUAUGAGUCUAAAUCUCCUAAUUACAGAGGAACAGAUUCUCUUCAUCAGGUGGGGAAUUUGAAGUAUAAUGGCAUUGACAAAUCUGGAACGGCAGCACUUAGCGCGAGAGGGAUCAUCCUGGAUGGUCUACAGCAUCACUGCCCCAGAGAAGGGCAGGGAGAACAUCAUUUCGGGAUUCCUCUGAGCCCUGUAUUAGAGAAGAGCACACGGCAGUUAGAAGAAGAGAGCACAAGAAGUGGCCCAGAGAUCUGGAGAAGGAAUAGUUGCUUCCGCCGCACCGCACCCAGCACCCUGAGGCGCUCAGAGUUUGUGCAAAACAGGAAGAAACCCCAAGAAAUAACACUCCUCUCCUCACAGUCUUCAUCCCUGGGGGCCCCUUCUGGGUCUGUAUCCACUGAAAACCCAGAGCAGAGGAUGCUGGAGAAGAGAACCAAGGUGGUAGAAGAACUUCUUCAGACAGAAAGAGACUACAUCCGGGAUCUAGAGAUGUGCAUUGAGCGGAUCAUGGUGCCCCUACAGCAGGCACAGAUACCAAACAUUGAUUUUGAGGGACUUUUUGGAAAUAUGCAGAUGGUGAUUAAAGUCUCAAAGCAAUUAUUAGCUGCCCUGGAAAUCAGCGAUGCUGUAGGACCCGUGUUUCUUGAUCACCGGGAUGACCUUGAGGGAACAUACAAGGUUUACUGCCAGAAUCAUGAUGAGGCCAUUUCACUGCUGGAAGUCUAUGAGAAGGAUGAAAAGAUCCAGAAGCAUCUUCAAGACUCUUUGGCAGAUCUGAAGAGCCUGUACAAUGAAUGGGGGUGCACCAAUUACAUUAACCUGGGCUCCUUUCUCAUCAAACCUGUACAGAGAGUAAUGCGUUACCCACUGUUACUAAUGGAGUUGCUGAAUUCCACCCCAGAACUCCAUCCAGAUAAAGUGCCUUUAACCAAUGCAGUCCUUGCUGUCAAGGAAAUCAAUGUUAACAUUAAUGAAUAUAAACGUCGAAAGGAUCUGGUGCUCAAGUACCGAAAGGGUGAUGAAGAUAGCCUUAUGGAGAAAAUUUCCAAACUGAACAUUCACUCCAUCAUCAAGAAAUCCAACCGAGUGAGCAGUCACCUGAAGCACCUCACUGGCUUUGCUCCUCAGAUAAAGGAUGAGGUAUUUGAAGAAACAGAAAAGACCUUCCGGAUGCAAGAAAGAUUGAUUAAAUCUUUUAUCCGAGACCUGUCCCUCUACCUCCAGCAUAUCCGGGAAUCAGCGUGUGUGAAAGUGGUGGCUGCUGCAAGCAUGUGGGACCUGUGCAUGGAGAGGGGACACCGUGACCUGGAGCAGUUUGAGAAGGUGCAUCGUUACAUUAGUGACCAGCUCUUCACAAAUUUUAAAGAGAGGACAGAGCGUCUUGUGAUCUCUCCCUUAAAUCAGUUGCUGAGCAUGUUUACAGGACCCCACAAGCUGGUGCAGAAGCGUUUUGACAAGCUCCUCGACUUCUACAACUGCACAGAACGAGCAGAGAAGUUGAAGGACAAGAAAACCCUAGAAGAGCUGCAGUCAGCCCGGAACAACUAUGAGGCUCUGAAUGCACAGCUGGUAGAUGAGCUGCCCAAGUUUCAGCAGUCUGCACAGGGACUCUUUGCCAACUGCGUCCAUGGCUAUGCUGAAGCCCAUUGCGACUUUGUGCAGCAGGCCCUGGAGCAGUUGCAGCCGCUGCUUUCGUUACUCAAAGUCACAGGCAAAGAGGGAAACCUGAUUGCCAUCUUCCAUGAAGAGCACACCAGGGUUCUGCAGCAACUCCAGGUCUUCGCUUUCUUCCCCGAGUCUCUUCCAGCUGCCAAGAAACCGUUUGAGAGGAAGACCACAGACCGCCAGUCUGCACGGAAGCCCCUCCUGGGCCUGCCAAGUUACAUGCUGCAAUCUGAAGAGCUGCGGGCCUCGCUGCUGGCACGAUAUCCCCCUGAUAAACUCUUCCAAGCAGAACGGAAUUUCAAUGCUGCUCAAGACUUGGAUGUCUCACUUUUAGAAGGUGACCUGGUGGGUGUCAUCAAAAAGAAAGACCCCAUGGGCAGUCAGAACCGCUGGCUGAUUGACAAUGGAGUUACCAAAGGCUUUGUGUACAGCUCCUUCCUAAAACCGUACAAUCCACGCCACAGCCACUCUGAUGCCUCUGUGGGCAGCCACUCCUCCACUGAAUCAGAGCACAGCAGCUCCUCCCCCAGAUUCCUGAGACAAAACAGCAACAGCACCUUGACCUUCAGUCCCAGCAGCAUGGCUGUGUCCUUUACCUCAGCUGCUUGCCCAAAGCAGCCUCAAGAUACACCUUCAUUGAAAGAAUGUGACCAAGGAACUCUUGGUGCAUCCUCGAACCUGGGUGGUCCAGAGAGUGGACCUUCUAGGUCCUCACCAGACCCAGACUGUACCUUCCAGCCCGGACCGAGGGACUCCGUAGAUUUGGGCAGUACAAGGGGCUACCACCGAAGCACCAGGCAUUCGGAGGUUGUCGGUUACUCUGUACCGGGACGAAAUGGACAAGGCAAAGACCUCAUAAAAGGAUGUUCAACAGCAAGCCAGGCUCUGGAAGACAAAAACAAAGAGCCAGAAAACAGUGAGGCAGAAGGCAGUCAGGUCUAUUUUGCUGUUUAUACCUUCAAGGCACGAAACCCAAAUGAGCUGAGUGUGUCAGCCAAUCAGAGACUCAAGAUCCUCGAGUUUAAAGAUGUUACCGGCAACACAGAAUGGUGGUUAGCUGAAGUUAAUGGGAAGAAGGGCUACGUCCCAUCCAAUUAUAUCCGCAAAACUGAGUACACCUGAGCCUGUGGCGCCUCCUCCCAACCUUGCUGCCUUUGCUUUCAGUCUGCUGAAAGGUUCUGGUGGGCCGCUGAGUGGCACCUGCUCUUGAAGCCCAGGCCCUGCUGCACUGCUUAACAUUACUGGUGGAGAACAAGACACCCUUUGUUCUUCUCCGCCGAGUUAUACAUCUCAAUGCUCCCUAGAAUUUUAAGUGGACCCUGGGGCUUGCAAAUGAUUCCGUGACUACGAGACGAGAGGCAAUUGCUUGGUCAGCUUUUGGAAAUGAGAAAUUUCCUGUGGGAACACCAGUAUUCUGUGUCUGCAGGAAGCUGUACUAGCAUCAUUUGUGUCAUACGGAGUCUGGGGCGGCCCCACACUCCAGGCCCAGCUGGUCAGAAGCUCACUUGGAUGGGGCUCUGAGGGUCCAGGUGGUAAUAUUUUGGCAUGUGGUGAAGAAUUUGCUAGGAUGGCACCAAACCCAGUGUUUCAAAGCUUCUGAGAUACCUCUAGUGUCCUGCACACAUUUCUUUUCUCACACCUAAUUGCUAAAGUCCCUAAAACACUAAUCUUUUCUAUCUAUUUCACUGUAUUCAGCUGCUUCUUCUGCUAAGAAGCAAUUAGGGUUUUUAUUUUCUUUUGAUCUUUUAUCUGAAAAGUUCUCUUUCCUUUUUAGAUACAGCCAUCUACUCUUUCUGACAGUCGCCUCUACUUUAUACAGUGAGUGUGAUGUCUAUUGACCCUUUCGCUGUGCUCAGUGAUGGAUAGAUUUUCCUAGAAUAAUGGGAUCGGAGUUCCAGCCUCCAUUAAAAGCACUCGAUCUGCACUAAUCCCUAACCAGUAAAGCCUAACCAAGGGCUGCAUGCCUUCCCUGUCCCUUCACACUACUGCCGUUUAGUCACAUGCACAGGUGCAGAAAACACAACCCAUGUGACUUAUUUCAGUAAAGCGGUUCCAGAAGUAGUUCCUAGACUAGGAAAUAAGAUUUUCCAUUUCACUACUAACCUCCACGCUUCAGAGACAGUUUUCAAAGCCAGACGGAUUCCAAAGUGCCUAACAAGAACUCCCAUUGAUCACAGGAAGAUAUUUGCUGACCCUUUAGAAUCUGCCUCUAAAAAUUUGGUCUUAGCAGGGCUCCUGAACGUAAGAUCUUUAGAAGCUAUGAAGCCUGCCUUAUAAUGGGUAACUAUGAAGUUUGUCUUUUAGAGGAAUUAACGGCUGCACAGCCCCUGCUUCUCUGCUUGCACAUUUGGCCUUAAGAUCCUGGUGACCCAGGAGACACCUGUGAACACCUCAUCUUGUGUCCCUGCCAGUGGUCACAGGCAGUGAUUCUAGGUCUCUUGUGAAGAGUGUUUAUAUUUAGAGAUGUUUAUAUUUUAGUUAUUUUAUAAAUAAAAUCAUUUCCA